AUGGCUUACGUUGCCCCUUCCGUUUCUGCCAAGCAGUGCGGCAACACGGUGCCGGUGGAGCUCUUCAUGACGACUGCCACGGCUUCGCUGCCCGUGAAGAAGGAUCAGCAUACGACUGCUUCGACGUCGCCAGCGAUGAGCCCAAGCGCUGGAGAUGCACCAGAGGAGCGGCCAGAGGAAGCUGCCCCAGCUCUUCAUCAAUGGCAAGGCUACGAUGAGGCGCUCAUGCUCGAAGAGGAGGGCCAGCUUGCUCCCCUCUUCAACCCAUAA